AUGGACAAGAAUAUCCCUAUUUUUUACGUUUCUUUCGAACAUCCUGAAAAGAAAGAGACUGAAGUGUCGAUUUGCAUCCUCGAUGCAUUGACCACUACGCUGCAGAAAUAUAACACUAUCACGGUGCUUAAAUUACCCAGUUGUCGGAUAAAUGCCUAUGGUAUCCUGCAGAUAACACACAUGUUGAUGGAAUUUGAAUGUUUGAACGAUUUGAAUCUAGAUGACAAUCCGAAUCCGCAGGAAAAUUAUUACCUGCUUUGCGCACCGGCAAGAAAUUUACAUUAUCUAUCACUGAGAAUGUGUAAAUUAUCCGAUAACGGUAUACAAAAGAUCACAAACGAGUUGAAGUAUCAGGACCCACCAAAUGAUCCAAAAUUGAUCGCUCUCAAUGUAGCGGAUAAUGACAUUACAAACACUGGUGCCAAAUAUAUCGCUGAGAUGCUUCGAACUAAUCGAUCUUUGCAGAGCGUGGUGUUAACCGGAAAUAAGAUAGACGAUGACGGCGUUUCACUGAUAAUUCAGGAACUUACCAUGUAUAUCUUUGACAGUAGCGAUUAA